GCAGCAGCAGCAGCAGCAGCAGCUGAGGAGAGAGAGAGAGAGAGAGAGAGGACCAGAAAUCUGCAGCUCACAGAAUGAAGAGAUCAAAAUGAUGCUGUCGGUAAAAAGGGAUUAAAACUCCGCCGGCCGCCCGGUGGAGGACACACGACCCGGGGCGCCACACAGUUGAGGCAUGCCGUCGCUGAGCAUCCGCCGCCGCGCCUGACCGAGCGACCAUGAUGAAGACCGAACCCACAUCCAAGAGCACCGGCUCCGGCUCCACGCUCCGGAGCCCAUCCCCGCACCGGAACGCGUACGAGGCGGGCAUGCAGGCCCUGCGGCCCGCCAGAGACAAUGCGGCCAACGGGGACCUGCAGGAGGGGCCCCGGGGCCGCAGGUACGGCUCCAACGUGCACCGCAUCAAGAACAUGUUCCAGCAGAUGCAGACCACGGCGCCGGCCGACGCCGAGGCGGAGGAGGCGGGCGCCGGGAGCGCGGACAAGUCGGUGCGCCUCUCCCUCCCCAGAGCCGGCAGCCUGAACGAGAACGUGGACCACAGCGCGCUGCUGAAGCUCGGCUCCACCGUGUCCGAGCGCGUCAGCAAGUUCGACACCAGCAGGCCGGAGAACGGGCACCAGCGGGCCUCGUCGCCCAGCUACUCCAAGCUGCAGGAGACGCGCCGCAUCUUCGAGCAGCAGCAGCAGCAGCAGCAGCAGGAGAAGCUGGCCACCACCAGGGUCCUGCUGAAGACCGACAAGGCCUCGGGCUUCCAGGAGGGCAGGCUGGACGUGAUGUGUCGUUUCAACGGCAGCACGGAGUCCCUGGACAGCCUGGACACCAGCGAGGCGGUGUCCCCCACCGUCAGCCAGCUCAGUGCCGUGUUCGAGCGGGCUGCCGAGCUGCGGAACAACCUGCACCGCCUCUCCUCCACCCCGCCGCUGCCCUCCCGCGGGGUCAGCGCCAAGGUGGGAGUGCUGAACUCCAAAAUAAUCACAAAGAGAGUUCGUGCCUUUGCGGCAGGCGGCCAGGAGGAAGACGCAGGCCAUCCGAAGGACCAGGAGGGGCCCCCGAGGGCCCCGAGGGGGAGGGGGACCCCGCCAUCUGACAGCAUCAACGGGGGCCAGGAUGAAUUUUACAGUACUGUAGGAGAGCCGGCGGAGGAGAGGGAAAAGACGGUCUCGGAUGCAGGCGUCAAGACCAGAGCGGAGGUCCAACGCGAGUCGCCCGGCGCAACUCUGCAAGGUGACGGCCACGUCGGCUCGGCGGAGAACGGAGAAGCUGCUGCGGAGAAGAAGAAGAAGAAGAAGAAGCACAGCCCGCGAAGGGGCGACGAGGAGGACGAGGAGGAGGAGGACCGGACGCUCAGAGACGACCAGUCGGGCCGGGACUCGGUGGAUGUCAGCACCUACAGCGCGGUGGGGGAGGACGUGGAAGUGGACGAGGAGGAGGAGGAGGAGGAGGAGGAGGAGGAGGAGGAGGAGGAGGAGGUCGACGACAGCUACGAGGCCGAGUCCAGCUGCGUGGAGAUUUCUGGGCUGCCUGCGGAGGAGAGCCCGCCCACCUCCAGGAAGAUCUGCUUCAGCACGGAGCCCAUCAAGGUGUUUGCCACCUACCCCAACGAGGACUAUGACCGGCGCAACGAAGACGUGGAUCCCAUGGCGGCAUCUGCCGAGUACGAGCUGGAGAAGAGGGUGGAGAGGCUGGACCUGUUCCCCGUGGAGCUGGAGAAAGAUGGCGACGGCCUGGGCAUCAGUAUCAUCGGGAUGGGUGCAGGAGCUGACAUGGGCCUGGAGAAGCUGGGCAUCUUUGUGAAGACCGUCACAGAUGGAGGAGCCGCACACAGGGAUAGCAGGAUCCAGGUGAACGAUCUGAUCGUGGAGGUGGACGGGACCAGUCUGGUGGGAGUCACCCAGACGUUUGCCGCCACUGUACUCAGGAACACAUCAGGAACUGUCAAGUUUGUCAUUGGGCGAGAGAAGCCGGGCGAGCAGAGCGAAGUGGCCCAGCUCAUCCAGCAGACCCUGGAGCAGGAGCGCUGGCAGAGGGAGAUGAUGGAGCAGCGCUACAACCAGUACAUGGACGAACAGGAGGGCGCCGAGUAUGGCACAGACGAAGAAGAGGACGAGGACGAGGAGGCCAGUCCGCCGUACCCCAGCGCCAUCGAGGUGUUUGACUUGGCGGAGAACGAGGACAUGUCGCCUCUGGAGACGGACCCUGAGAAACUGGCCCAUAAGUACAAAGAGCUCCAAAUAAAGCAUGCGGUGACCCAGGCGGAGAUCCAGCAGCUGAAAAGAAAGCUGCACCACGCGGAGCAGGACAAGCAGCGCUGGCGUAUGGACAAGGCUCAGCUGGAGCAGACGCUGCAGGAGAACAAGGAGCGCAUGGAGAAGCUGGAGGGCUACUGGAUGGAGGCUCAGAGUCUGUGCCAGGCGGUGGACGAGCACCUGAAGGAGACGCAGGCCCAGUACCAGGCCCUGGAGCGCAAGUACAGCAAAGCCAAACGCCUGAUCAAGGAAUACCAGCAGAAGGAGAUCGAGUACCUGAAGAAGGAGACCCAGCGUUGUGCACAAGUCGGGGAAGAGGCCUCGCUUCUGAAAGAGGAGUCGGGACAACUCCAGGAACAGGUGGCCGACCUGGAGUGCAGGGUCGAGGAGCUGAAAUCUGAACCUUUAUAAAAAAAAUACUUUGUCCCCCCGCCCCCCACACCCCCGUCGUCGUGUGUCUCAGAAAGCAGAAGUUCACCAGAGGAAGUGAGACGAUAGUGUUGUACUUGUACUUGCAAUUGAGCUGCAGGGUAUUUUCUCGUCUCCGGCCCGAGCGUGGUUUUUGGUCGCGUACUGUACGUGCGUGCGUGCGUCCCCCCCCCCAGGCUAUGUAUUUCAGCCAUUUUAACCCUUUCAAACAAUGUUUUUUCUGUUAUGGGAACGUGAGGAAUCAUCAUCAUCAUCAAAUACAGACUCUGUUGAGCUCUAGAUGUACUGUUCCUUUUUUUUUCCCCUUCCCCCACUCCUUCUAAUUUCAGUAUUUAAUCCCAUAAUUUGUGGUUUUGUGACGAACCAUGCUGUUGCUUUUAAUUGCCAAAAAAAAAAAAUCCCUCUUCUUUUUUGCCUAGUUUCAUUUGAGUUUGUACAGAUGUGAUACCGUGUGGUUUAACAAUCAAAUUUGGGUUUGUACAUUUUUUUAUUAUGUGUAUAACAUUUAACAUAAUAUAAAACUAAUGAGAUUGAGGAUUGAUGUGUAUAUUUUACGUGAAGAUGAGGAAGAGGAUGGUGAUGUGUAAAUUGGACGGAGAUUGCACUGAAGACGACGAUGAGGAUUACGUCGCGCGAGGUGCUUCGCUGGAACAAGAGGAAAACAAGAAGUCUUUGAAGUUGUACAAACAGUAAAAACCCAACCUUCAUAGACGUCGUGUCACUUAACCUUGAAAACCACCUGCUGCCUACCUUUCAGAAGUGUUUGUGUAUUUUCUACACACUAAGACUCACUAACGAGCAACCUCCAGAUCCUCCAGUUUCAACCAUCCAUCCAUCGUCUACCGCUUUAUCAAUUUAAGGGUCGCGGGGGGGCUGGAGCCAAUCCCAGCUGACAUUGGGCGAGAGGCAGGGUUCCUUGGACAGGUCGCCAGUCUAUCGCAGGGCCAC